GGUGAUACGGUCACAACCGGCUCGGCCACAGAACGUGACGUGUUCAAUGAGAAACCGACCAAAGAAGAGGUACUGGCUGCCACACGCGAUUCCGCUACUGCAGCAUCCCGUUUGGCUGGUAGUGCCAUUUUGCACACCACCUUGGGGGAUAUUCACAUUCGUUUAUGUCCUCGCGAGUGUCCCAGAACGGUGGAAAAUUUCGUGGGACAUUCCCGUGCCGGAUACUACAACGGUCAUAUCUUUCAUCGUGUGAUCAAGGGAUUCAUGAUUCAAACUGGGUGUCCUCUCGGUACCGGCACCGGAGGUGAGUCCAUUUGGGGUGGCGAGUUCGAGGAUGAAUUUCAUCCUAGCCUUAGGCAUGAUCGACCGUACACGGUGAGUAUGGCCAAUGCGGGACCCAAUACUAAUGGAUCUCAGUUCUUCAUCACUGUGGCGCCUACGCCUUGGUUAGAUAACAAGCACACGGUGUUCGGUCGGGUGGUGAAGGGAAUGGAAGUUGUUCAAAAGAUAUCAAAUAUCAAGACUCAUGCAAAGAAUGACAAACCGUUGGAAGAUGUGAAUAUUAUCAGUGUUUCAGUACGCGAUUUGGGAGCAGGAAUUUAA